AGCAUGCAAGGCAAAAACAGGGAAAGGUCCACAGAAGAAAAAUGAACCUCCUCAACACAAUUCAAUAGACUUUUCAAAGCAAAACCAGCCUCGCACGUUGAUUUUAAAAACAGCGACAGCAAAAACACCCAAAGCACAUUCAUUAUAAUCUCCCCAUUUUUAGAUUUCUGGAAGCAAAAACAGUUUUUUUCCUAGAUGGGUUCGUCUUAUUUUCUUGCUUUUUCUCUCUGUUUCCUCCUUGUUUUCCCUGAUCCCACCCUCUCUGUGAAAAUUCCCGGUUGGCUCAACGACAAAGCAAGGCAGGGAUCGGUUCUUGGAUUGCAGAGAAACGUUAAAUUUGAUCCUGCACAUGUCACUCAGCUUUCAUGGACUCCAAGGGCUUUUAUAUAUAAAGGGUUUUUGACACCUGAGGAGUGUGAUCAUCUUAUUGAUCUGGCAAAGGACAAGCUUGAGAAGUCUAUGGUUGCUGAUAAUGAAUCGGGUAAGAGUAUUGAGAGUGAAGUUCGAACGAGUUCUGGCAUGUUUCUUGACAAAUCUCAGGAUGAAAUAGUUGCUGAUGUUGAGGACAGAAUUGCUGCGUGGACUUUUCUUCCACCAGAAAAUGGGGAAUCCAUGCAAAUACUGCAUUACGAGAAUGGCCAAAAGUAUGAACCACAUUAUGACUAUUUUCAUGACAAAGUCAAUCAAGAGCUGGGUGGCCACCGAAUUGCUACAGUGUUGAUGUAUCUGUCUAGUGUCGAGAAGGGUGGAGAAACUGUCUUUCCCGAUGCAGAGGGAAAAUUGUAUCAGCCAAAGGAUGAUAGCUGGUCUGAUUGUGCUAAACGAGGCUAUGCAGUGAAACCCAGCAAAGGUGAUGCCUUGUUGUUCUUCAGUCUUCAUCCUGAUGCCACUACAGAUCCAAGCAGCUUGCACGGGAGCUGCCCAGUCAUCGAGGGUGAGAAGUGGUCUGCAACCAAGUGGAUCCAUGUCAGGUCCUUUGACAAAGUUGAGAAGGUGCCAAUUGGUUGCUUUGACGAGGAUAGGAACUGUCCUAUGUGGGCAAAGGCGGGUGAGUGUACAAAGAACCCUAAGUAUAUGGUGGGUGCAGGAACCACUCCUGGAUACUGUCGGAAGAGUUGUAACGCAUGCACAUCAUCGACAGCAUCCUCAUAGGAAGCCCUCUUCUCCAGUUUUGGUUCCCUUCCUCUUUACACACUGGGGAUGGACUAAUCUCUUAAUAGUUGCUGUAUAUAGCAUUGAGUUGUGCUUUCUGGGAUUAAGAUACUAUAAUAAAUAAUAAAACACUCUGUAGCUUAUUGAGUUUAUAAAACCGCCAAAGUGUCACAUAUAUGUACUGUCAGUCAGUCUCAGUCUCAGUUUCUUUCUUUUUUUUUUCUUUUUUUUUUUUGGGUCUGUGUAAUGAUCUAAGGCUGUUGUUAUGUAGAACAAUUUAAGCUUUACUGAAUGCAAUUACAAGUUACAAUUGCAAAUCACU